AUGACGGUCCUGCCGGGCUCCAGUGGUUUACCGGGUGCAGUUGCCUUCUUUAAGGAAGACAAUACUUGGAUCCAAAGGCAGCAGAAGCAACAAUGGACAGGAGGCAGGAGAGACAGACAGAGACAUCAGGAUGGUUCAGCAAGGAGGUUGAGCUAUAGAAGUUCCUCGACAACGCAUGGCAACAUUAGGAGGGAAAGGGAGGAUAACAAGAACGCAACCAAAGAUACGCAGUGGGAUAUCAAGAGAUAUAACGGAGAGAUACCCCGGCCACUGCUGUUUUUACGGAAGAGAAAGGUGGCCAGAGAGACCAAAUAUCCACGAUUUACGGUAAGAAGAGGAUCCCGGCGGUUCCUACGGACAAAAGGGUUCACUAUCAAGGAAGAAGACCUGGAAACCAUCGAGACAACAGAAGAUGGUGAAGAUAAAAAAGAUGAAGAUGAAGAUGGAGAAGAUGAGACGAAAAGAAGAAGAGGAAGAGGAAGAGAUGAAGUCGAAGAGAUGAGGUUGAAAAAGAGUCUGCUGGAGUGGAGCGCAGGGAUCGUGCGUCAGCCGCUGGUUGGUCCACCGCGCGAAACUUGGAACAGAAGAAAAACUCUGCGCAAGUCGAUGAUGGAACAACAGCCCAACCCAGCCAGUUAG